ACAGAGGGGAAAAAAUUGCCGAAACGGUGUCGUCUUAGAAAGGAGGAAGAAGAGUAAUAAGAAAACGCAGCGUUGGGUUGUUGAUUUUCUGGUAAGUGAAAAUCUUCAUUUCUUUGGUUCCCUCUCAGAUCUGAAUCUAUUCUCUCCAUCAAAACGACGUCGUGAAAAAACAUCAUCACAGCAACAAUGGUGCUCGUUUCCGCCGCCCGCGAUUACGUCAAUCGGAUGCUUCAAGACAUCUCCGGCAUGAAAGUCCUCAUCCUCGAUUCUCACACCGUUAGUAUAGUGAGUGUUGUGUAUUCACAGUCUGAGCUUCUUCAGAAAGAGGUGUUCUUGGUAGAGUUGAUAGAAUCUAUUGCAAUGUCAAAAGAGUCCAUGUCUCAUCUCAAAGCCAUUUACUUCCUUCGACCCACCUCAGAAAAUAUUCAGCAGUUGCGGCGUCAGUUGGCUACUCCAAGAUUUGGAGAGUACCAUCUAUUUUUCUCCAACAUAUUGAAUGAUACUCAAAUUCAUAUCUUAGCUGAUUCAGAUGAACUAGAAGUAGUCCAGCAAGUUCAGGAGUACUACAUGGAUUUUGUUGCACUUGAUCCUUACCAUUUCACUCUGAACAUUCCAGCAAAUCACACUUAUAUGCUUCCAGCUGUUGUAGACCCUGGAAAUUUGCAGCAUUUCUGUGACCGAGUUGUUGAUGGUAUCGCAGCAGUUUUUCUGGCUUUGAAACGAAAACCCAUUAUUCGAUAUCAAAGAACAUCUGAUGUAGCCAAAAGGAUUGCUCAUGAAACAUUCAAGUUGAUGUACCAGCAGGAAAGUGGUCUUUUCGAUUUCAGAAGGACAGAAAUUUCUCCUUUGUUAUUGGUGCUUGAUAGAAGAGAUGACCCUGUGACACCGUUGUUGAAUCAAUGGACGUAUCAGGCUAUGGUUCAUGAGUUGAUUGGUAUUCAAGAUAAUAAAGUGGACUUAAGAGCAGUCGACAAACUUCCUAAGGAUCAACAGGAGGUUGUGCUAUCAUCAGAACAAGAUUCAUUUUUCAAAUCUAACAUGUAUGAAAAUUUUGGAGAUAUUGGGAUGAACAUUAAGCGAUUAGUGGAUGAAUUUCAACAAGUUUCAAAAAGUAACCAGAAUAUCCAGACAAUAGAGGACAUGGCCAAAUUUGUGGACAAUUAUCCCGAGUAUAGGAAAAUGCAUGGAAAUGUUUCAAAGCACGUGACAUUGGUCACUGAAAUGAGCAGGAUAGUUGAAGAGCGAAAACUCAUGUUAGUUUCAGAAACUGAACAGGAGUUGGCUUGCAAUGGUGGACAAGGGGCAGCUUUUGAGGCAGUGAAAACUCUUUUAGACAAUGCAAAUGUAUCUGAUUUCGACUGCCUACGCCUUGUGAUGUUGUAUGCAUUGCGGUAUGAGAAGGAAAGCCUUGUUCAACUGAUGCAGCUUUUUGACAAACUGUCUUCUCGGUCUCCGAAAUACAAGCGUGGGCUUGUCCAGUUUCUCUUGAAGCAAGCUGGUGUAGAUAAGCGAACUGGGGAUCUUUUUGGAAAUCGUGACCUUUUGAAUAUUGCACGUAACAUGGCUCGUGGAUUAAAGGGAGUUGAAAAUGUGUACACACAACACCAGCCUCUUCUCUAUCAAACUAUGGAAAACAUCAAUAAGGGUCGGUUGAGAGAUGUGGACUAUCCACAUGUUGGAAAUCAUUUUCAACAGGGCAGGCCGCAGGAUGUAAUCAUAUUCAUUGUUGGUGGGACAACAUAUGAGGAAUCGCGUGUUGUUGCCUUACAAAAUGUGUCCAAUUCUGGAACUCGUUUCAUACUUGGUGGUUCUGUGGUUCUCAAUUCAAAGAGGUUUGUGAAGGACUUGGAAGAAGCUCGUAGGAUAGCUCAUACUAGCACCUCCAUGGUAUGAAGUUAACCAUCCUGCAGGCUAUUAUGUAGAUAAACAAGUGUUGAUGAUUCUUCAUUCAUACACCGAUCUCCGCUCAAAUCAUGAAAUGGAAGCGCUCUCGCAUUUGCAUAGACAUGGUAACUUGUUUUACUAGCUAACUUGUCAUUCCAUCCAUAUUGGAUGAUCUUAGCUGUAGUAGAUACCAAACAGCAAAAUUGAAUCAAAUUUUACCUCUUUCAACUAGUUCGCUAAUCAACUAUUUGAUCUCUUUUUGCUCGUUAAAAUAGGAAUAUAGUAUUGUGUAAAGUUUGUUAAAAAAAUUAUUGUAUUUUUUGUGGUUAUAAUACAAAUUUUCUGGUGUGAUUAAACCCAUUAA